UCGGUAUGUAAGGGAGAGAGGGGAGGUAUGACAGGAUGGUAUGUAAGGGGAGGAGAAGGGGGAUGAAGGAUGGUAUGUAAGGGGGAAGGGGGUUGACGUGAUUUUGCAGGAGAGGGGGUGGAGGUAUGAAGUGAUCGGUAUGUAAAGGAGAGGGGUACAGAGGUAUGACAGUGAUCGGUAUGUCAGGAGUUGAAUGUGGGGUUUUAUACUGUGUCGGUAUGUACAGGGAGGGUGUGGGGUAGCAGUGAUCGGUAUGUCAGGAGAGGAGUGUGGGGUAUGCAGCGAUGGUUGUACAGGAGAGGGUACAGAGGUAUGACAGUGAUCGGUAUGUACAGGAGUUGAAAGUGGGGAUUCAUGACGUGUGGUAUGUACAGGAGAGGGUGUGGAGGUUUAAUGAAAGUUUGACGGGGAAAAGGGGGAAGGAAAGUGUGGAAAGGGAUGACAGUGAUGGUAUGUACAGGGGGAAGGGGGGGGUAAAAGGGGGGUGAGGAACGGGGCAGG